GAUUCUUCUCGUCCCCCUCUCUCUCUCUUCUCUUUCGUUUCUCUCUUCUCUCGCUGUUCGUCUCUUCUCCCCGACCCUCUCUCCUCUGCCGAGAAGACCUGAGACCUGGAGGUUUCGAGUCUGCGUUGCAAUAAAAGCCAGACUAGAUCCUUGUUUAUGGCCGCGCGUUAUUGCUGCGGCCGGAGUGCAGAGGAGCGCCGCGGAGAAGACACUUCAGCGGCACCGUCGCCUGCGCCUGCAACGGAGAGGACGGUGAACACAAAACCAGUCGGCUGAAUUUUCCUUUUCUGGAAGAAAAAUGGUGUUCAGAAAAGCCGUGUUUAUACUGCUGCUUUCCUACACCUUAAACAGGCCAGCAGCAGCCACCCACUGGACAUACGAUGACGUACAAAAAUGGGCGGAGGAUUCCCCAGAGUGUGCGGGAAGGAGGCAAUCUCCAGUAGACAUCUUGGCGCCAAAAUCGUUCAAGGCGCCAUCUUUCCUCUUCAAGAACUACGGGCUGAUGAACGUGAGCCUCGAGAACACCGGCCACUCGCUCAAGGCCCGCCUGCACCUCCAGCAGGAGGAGCAGCGCCCUCGCCUCGCGGGCGGAGGCCUCUCGGGCACCUUCCUCCUCGACAGCUUCCACUUCCACUGGGGCUCCGAGGACUCAAAGGGCUCCGAACACCUGCUGGGGAGCUGCGCGUUUCCGGCCGAGAUGCAUUUGGUUCACUUCAGGAGGAAGUACGGGUCGGUGGAGGAGGCCUUAGAGUACGAUAACGGGCUGGCGGUCCUCGGGGUGUGGCUGGUCCCCGGCCGCGACUCCGACAGUAGCACGAGGGGGGUCCUCGAGGAUGACGGCACCUCCUUCAGCGCGCACACCACACACGGCCUCGACCAGACGUCGCCUCAACAGGACGCCAGCAACUCCGACACUAGUUUGAAGGAGGACCUUGAGAAUGACGGCCCCUCCUUCAGCACGGACACCACACACAGCCUCGAUCAGACAUCGCCUCAACACGACGCCAAAAACUUGGUCGCAACGGAAGACGACCACUCCGCGGCGGCCAAGAAGUGGUUCCGAGCGCUCACUCCCUCCGAGAAAAUGCUGGACAACCAGCUGAUUGCGGUCGACCUGCGUCAGCUGAUUCCCUUCGACGACCGGGCCUUCUACAGGUACAACGGGUCCCUCACCACGCCCCCUUGCACAGCGAAUGUAGAGUGGACCAUCUUCGAGAACCCGGUAACCGUCCCUCUGCGUUUCCUCAAGGGUCUUCGAGCUCUGGCGAAUAAAGAAGGCGAACUCCUUUCAAAUAACUUCCGUCCCUCGCAGAGCCUUGGGAAAAGGGAGGUGCUCUAUAGCGGCACCAAACCCAAGAAAUUCCCUCUCUGCACUCGCCCAAAGAAAUCCCACGCCUCCCCCUGCACCAGCAUUCCGAGCUUGGGGUCCUUUGGCACCGUGGCACCCGGGAAGUGUCCGGAGGGCCAGGACACGUCACCCGCCGACCUCCACCUGGCGAAUGCCACGCCCACUUACGCGAAACGACUUCGCUGGAAAAGGAGAGGCGGCUGUGCGAACGCUGUGGUCACUCUGGAGGAUAGGCUCUUGAAGGUGGCUUUCCCAGGUGAGGAAGCCCAGUGGGAGCUCUCAGGGGGUCUAUUAACGACUCCUUAUCACCUGAAUCACAUGCUCUUCCGUUGGGGGUCAGACCAUCACCUUGGGGGACUGAGCUUCCCCUUGGAGGUGCAGCUCGUCCAUUACAGCAGCGAUUCGGACGAUGUAGUCGUUGUGUCCAAGUUCUUCCAGGAGCCUAUAGACCUGCCUGAUGUUCUUGACUCCUUGCAACACACGGAACCUUCAAGGAAUAGAUUGCUCGAGGUUGUCUUUGAGGCGGCACAGGAGCUCAGCAAAGACCCGGGCAUCGAGGAGGAGGACAUUCCAUCUCCCGACGUCAGCGAACUCAUGGGCGACGCCUCCUCCUUCUACGAGUACAGCGGCACCUUCCCCGACGCCCCUUGCCUCGGGAAUGUCACCUGGAUGGUUCUCCGGACGGCUGGAGAAAUAGCGAGAACACAACUAGAGGAACUAAGAGAACUCACAGACGAAAGCGGAGACAAAAUAACGUCCAAUAACAGGCCUCUGAAGCAACUCGGAAAUCGGAACCUCUCGCUAAGGGUCAACAAGAAAGAACUCGUCCACGAAUACAACGUAAUGUUGCAGAGACCCAAGAGGAAGUCAACGGACAGCGGAGCCUUGCAACAAGCUGCAGUGUCAAUGCAACUGCUGUGUCUCUUAGUGCUGGUGUCGUUCUUCGUUGCAAGACUGGGAUUAGUAGUAUAAAGGGAGGAAGAAGAGGAAGAAGAAAAGGAGAAAAAAAGGAAUAACAAAAAUAAAGAAUUCACGCUUGAUUAAAUAAAUAUAUUUUUUUUUAUCUGAUUUAAUAUCUUUUUGAAAAAUAAUUCUCGAUUCUAAUUAUUUUUUACAUUUUUCUUACUGGAUUCCUCGUUUUCUUUCCCUUUACCUCUGUUGAUUGCAACUAUGCUUCAUUGAAAAAAAAUUCUAGCAAACACAAGGAUCUGAUCACAUUGUAAUAUUGGAACCAAACUACUUUCCAGGAGAGGACACUCGGAAAUACUUUAGUCUCUGCUAAAAUAAAUCGCUUUCUUUAUUUCUGAUAGACUAUUUUAAGAUGGCAUUGACUCUCUGAGACAUUACAUUUAGUAAUAAAAGAAAAAUGAAGUGA